UAGUUGCUUAGAUAUCAUUUCUCAAGCUUUUUUACACAAUCACAUUCUAAACUCGUAAAGUUAGAGUAUAUAAGAAUGGCUUCAACUGGUCUAAAACGUAAGCUAGAAGGUGAAAUAGAAUUAAGAGUUGGUGCAGCUGAAGCAUUUCAUGAACUUUACCAAGAAAAACCACAUGAAAUUAGCAACAUUCAUCCUGAGUUUGUCCAAGCUUGUGAUUUGCACGAUGGUGCUUAUGGUACUCCUGGAUCCAUCAUUUAUUGGAAGUAUACUCUUGAUGGAAAGCCUCAAGUUGCAAAGGAAAUAAUAGAAAUGGUGGAUGAAAAGAACAAGAAGAUAAGAUUCAAAGUGAUAGAAGGGCAUUUAUUGGAUGACUAUAAUUCCUUUGUAUUUGUUUCUCAAGUGAUAUCUGAAGGUGAUGAACUUUGCCUAGUCAAAUGGACACUUGAGUAUGAGAAGAAGCAUUCUGGCAUUCCUGAGCCAUCUACUCUUAUGGAUGCAUUACUAGAUGCAGCCAAACGAAUUGAUGAACAUCACCAUCGCCAAGACAAAAAUUAGAUUUUCAUAAUUUAACAUAUUACUUCGUUUCAGUUUGUUUGUUCUAGUUUAACGAAAAUACUCCUAUGUAGUUUGUUAAACUAGAACGAAUAAAAAGAUGGAGGAAUAUAGUAUAUCAUAGCUUUCGUUUCUGUGUUACUACAAAAUAAGGUAAUUAUAUACCAAAAAAUAUGCAUGACAUGAAUGGAUUAAAUGCGUAAAUUAUUGCAUGAUUAUAAAUCAAAAAUGAAUGAACCGACGAUAUUUGUUUGUUAAUGUGUGUUUGUAAUAUUAAAUGAAUUAAAUUAAGAAAAUUUUUGUUGUUU